CGUCACCAGCGCGUGCUGCGGCACCUUCCACCUUGGUUAUUAGCUUUCACAUCGGAGCGCGAGGACCCGGACGACCGUUGAUGAUGCUAGUUAGCUGUCUAGCUAGCUCCCCUAUCGUUCGGCUCUAUUGUGAUGAUUUAGCUCAAUAACCUUGGAGCCGGAGCGGCUGUUUCUGCCCGACGGUUCGCACUAAUACUAAACGAUGGAGUCAAAUAAUCAUUUCAACUAUGACACCCACUCCUCAGCAAACUCAGGACUGAAACUCUCCUCAGUGGAUUCUCUUUAUACUAAUGGGUCCUCCAUGAGUUUUCCUCAGCAGGGGAAGAGUAUGAAUGGCGAAAUGAAUGUGAAUGGCGUCACUACUGUACUCGGGUCCGGGGUGCCUGGUUCCCACCCGCCGACGGCUCCGUACCCACACAUGAGCAACCACCACCAGAGCAGCAUGGGCUACGACUACUUGUGGGGAGGUCACCCGCAGUACAGUCCGGCCAUGGGCAACUCUCCUGGGCACGGGAUGCACCAGAAGCAGCCUACACCCGGGAUGGUGCAGCCUCAGUCACAGCACCACUUCCAGGGUCAUGGACAGUACCAGCUGAAUGGGGGUGUUGAAAGCUCCCACCAGCCCCCUGUGGCUGGCCCACCAAACAUGCCUCUUACUGGGAGUCAGUACUGGAACAGGAGUAACCCUGGCCCACAGCAGAUAAGUUAUAACUCCCACAGUAUGUAUGGGACAUACCCGAGUCAGGCACAUCCUGGAAUAACACCAUCACAACAUCACCAGCAGCAGUCCAUACAACCCACCCCGCAUCAGCCGUCACAGCAACACCUCCACUCCCACCGUCUCCCACACCACCACCACCAGCAGCACCAGCAACCACAGCAUUAUGGCCUGAUGCCAAAUGGGAUGCCCUACUACCAGCAUCAACCCCAGCACCCGUCACUUCCAUCUCCUCAGCAACAGCCAUCGCAGCAGUCUCAGCCCCAAGGCCAGGCUCAGAUGAUGCCGCCAGCUGCCCAGAAUUUUUCUCCUUCCCAUGGCAGCCCGCAGCACCACAGCUUAAGCGGAGGGGGCACCGGCAGUCCACUUCCUGUGGGAAUAUCCUCAACGCCAAUGAUGUCUCCGUCAACAGUGCAGGAUAGUGGAUCGCCCAAGGGUCACAGCAGGGAACGGAGCCCCCAUGCUAGCAAUGUGGGAAUAUCUACCGUCAUGCAAGGGCACACAAGAGAAGAUGUCGAGGAUGUAGAUACCAGCUAUAAUGGCAUGGAAAGGGCACCUGCUGCCCACAGGCUACCCAAAAGUUCAGUUCAUGUGGGACCUGAUUACCGUCAGCAUUCUGAACAGCCGGCAGCUCUGCGACCAGAAAUGGCGUCCCCUGUCAGAGAGACAGACGUUAAUACACCUACCCUUUCAGUGUCAUCUCUGCUCUCUGCAUCUACCAAGGCCUCAACACCUCCUCGGGUCUCUGAGUUGCCCACGGUUGCCCCCGGGCCUCCUCUAGUAUCGCCCACUGAUGUAGAAUCUACCCCACCACAAAUCUCAACGCCCCCCAAUGUGUCUCCAGCUGCUCCUCCCAGACUUUCCUCGUCGCCUCUAAUGAAGCAAGGCCUCAGGCCUCCCGCUUUUGCUGCGACUGAGACAUCCCCUGCUGGAACCAAGCAUCUGUCAGUGGGGUCCUCUUCCUCCUCCCUGCCUACAUCACCUCAAACAUUGUCUACACCUCAUGCUUCAACUGAUAGUAUGUCUACACCUGCAGCAUCUUUGGUCUCUCCUCAGUCAUCGCACUCUUUGACUCAUCAAAUCAAGUCUUCAUCGCCUCCUUCAGCUUCUAGACCUCAAUCAAAUGUCACAACUGCACCCAUCUCAUCUCUUCAGCAGAUGUUUCUAGGGUCCAAGCCACCUCUGAUGACAUCUUGCUUUCCUGAUACGUCUGGAGCUCAGCAUCAAAGGCCUGGACCCCCGAAGUUAUUGUCUGCUGCCUCAUCAAUGGGUGCAAAAUCCUCCUCUGCUGGUGUGGCUCCACCUCUAAUGUCAGCAUCAGGAUCUUCAACCUCAACACCACCCAGCUCUUGUACGUCUUUAUCUGUCUCAAAAACUCCUUCAGUUGGCAGUAAACCAGGUGACCAAGCGCUCACACCCCAGCGUCUGACAUGCACUCCUCCAGCGGCUGACUCUGGUCUUUCCUCAGCAGCAGCAGCAUCAUCAUCAUCAUCACCAGCAGCGGCGGUGAAUUUACCCUCCCUAGCAGACCAUGAAAGUCUUACAGUCCGACCUCCGUCUACCCUACCUCUUCUAACCGCUCAAGCCUCCAGGACUGCACCCGUGUCCGCCCCGCCUGCUUUGGUGCCUCUGACUUCUGCGAUGGGUCCGUCUUCUGGAGUGGUCCAAAGUUCUGACUCUGAGCAGCAUCCUCCAAACACCACUCCUCAUGCGCCGAAGCAGUCGUCUUCGAAGUCAGAGCACCGCGGUCACGGCGAGGAUGGGAAAGCGUUGGCUGAGGAACAAAAUGGAAAACCGGAAGAACACCACCCUCGUCCUCAUCGUCCCCAAACCAAACCAUCGCAGAAGGUGGAAGCUACUGAGACGAACAAAUCUGAAAUCCGAUCACCCAAACUCCUCACCGAUCUUCCUGGGAAACCCACGCAGACCACAGUCGCUCCCAACAAUACACCAACAACCUCUGAAAAGCACCACCUGCAAAGCAGUAUCUGUGAGGCAGAGGACUCCAUGGCGGAGCAGACUCCACUCAGAAAGUCUUCACAUCUCCACAGCACAAGCCGAGAACAUCUGACGGAUGAAGAAGAAGAAAGUUUUAACUCUUCGCAUACAGCGUCUCACUUUGAUGGCGAUUCGACAUUUGACUGCCCCUCUAGAAUUGACAUCAGCUCGGCCUUCGAGAAGACCUCUCUCUUAGACGGCGACAGCUUGUGCGUCGACGACUCCGCUCACUUCGACAGCAGCUUUCUCCUGAGAAAGGACACCUCUCAGUUCGACAGCACUUCCCAUGCAGAAGAGGAACCAUCUACUGGGUUUGACACCACUGGAGUUAGCGGCUAUUCUUUGGAAGACUCCAGGGAUGACACGCUGGACUCAACCAGGGAAGGGGAAAUGUCUGAGGCAGACGAGACCGAGGACAGCUGUCAGAUCGCAGGAGAUUCCAUGCUGGAGUCUCUCUCUCGGACAGAAGAGCCUUCUGACACCUUGAGACCGGAAGCAGAGUGGAGUCCCAGAGGACAUGAUGCAUCAGACUCAGCUGGAGGCAUUAGCAUUAAGACCACCGCAAGUGAGACGACGACUCCCCCGAGUUUUAAGAUGAGAGAUGAGAACUUCAUCGCCUUCAGUACCCCAGCAGAGAGCCUUGCUGUACACCCACUCCAACCAGUAACUGAUCCUAUUGUGUCGGCUGCCGGAGGACAUCAGAAAACACCAGGGAAACCACGCAAACCUCGAACCCCAAAGGCAAUAUGGACUAAAAAACCCGCUCCUGUGGAAGCCAAGCGGAAGCCUCGGGCUCGAACCCCUAAAGUGGAGAAGCUGAAGACUGACGAAGAGGGAGGCAAUAAAGCGGAGGUAGUAGCCAAGGGCAGAAAGAGGAAGAAGGCUGUCAAAGUGGAUGUUAAAGAAACAUCAGGUGUGUGUGGAGAGGCUGGGCCUCCCACAGGAGAGGUUGAUACCGUCACAGCCACGAUUGACGCCGUUCUAGCCAACGCUUUAGCUUUUACCGCAGCAGUCGAGAAACCCAAGAAGGCCAAAAGGGCCAAGAAACAAGACCAGGAGGGAAAUGCGGCAAAAACACCGAAACAAGAUGCCGAAACAGUCGCUGCUGAUGUUGACGAAAAUGAUGACGACAGCUCCACUGCCGGUGAAUCUAACAGACAGAGGAGGGUUGCAACUGAGGAGCAGGUUCAGUUCCCGAUGCAACAUGGUUGGAGGAGGGAGAUUCGUGUAAAGAAAAUGGAGAACCGCAUGAAGGGAGAAACCUGGUACUACACACCUUGUGGACGGAGGAUGAAGCAGUUUCCGGAAAUAAUCAAGUACUUGAAGAAACACAUGGACAGUGUGGUCAGCAGAGAACACUUCAGCUUCAGCCCACGCAUGCCCGUUGGAGACUUUUAUGAAGAAAGAGAAACUCCUGAGGGUAAGCAGUGGAUCCUCCUGGCCAAUGAGGAGGUUCCCUCGAUGAUUAUGGCAAUCACUGGCCGGCGAGGUCGACCUCCAAACCCCGAUAAGGAGAAACCUCGCAGGGUCCGUGCCCUGAAGGGGGUGCAGGCCCGCCGCCCCGGUAGACCUCCCAAACCCAAGAUGAUUGACCUCCUCAGCAAAGUUGACGCCAAGCUUUUGAAGCGACUUGAGGCCAAGGAAGCUCUCACGGAGGAGGAAAAGGAGAAACUUGUAAAAAUCAAAAAGAAAAUGAAGAAAAAGGUAUCUAGUUCAGUUUGUGUGGUUUGUAUUUUUGAGCUGUUUUGCUGGUGACGUCUCAUCCUCAUUUUGGUUUCUGCUUGUUUUAUUAUUCAGGCAAGAAUGAAGAGAAGGGAGGAUACAAAGAUUAAGAAGAUGAAAGCAGAGAAAAAGAAAGCCAAGCUUGAGCAAGAGUCCAAGGACCCGGACCCGGACCCGAAGGCGGAACCAACCGACCCGACAGCCCCCCAGGUACCACAGCCGGCACCGGGGGCCGCCGCGGUGCCCAAGAAGCCCGGCCGCAGGAGGUCGGUCAAGGUCGAGGCUCCGCCUCCGGUACAGCAGACCGACGAGGAGAGGAUAGCCCAGGGUAAGAGGGUGCUGGGUGCUCGGAGUAAAGCCAAGGCUCUGGCUAAAGCCCAGGCAGAGGCCGAGGCGGCAGCUCAGGUGGCUCUGACAGCUAAGAGGGCAGCGGAGAGGAGAGCGCAGACCCAGAGACGCAUGGAGGAGCGGAAGAGGCAUCAGUUGAUCGCAGAGGAACUGAAGAAGCCCAUAGAGGACAUGUGUCUCACCGACCACAAACUCCUGCCAGAGCUGUCCCGUAUCCCUGGCGUGGUCCUUUCUGGUAAAGCUUUUGCACACUGUCUGGCUGUGGUUGAGUUCCUACAUGGCUAUGGAAAGAUCAUUGGUCUCAAUAUACCCAAGGACGUCCCCAGCCUCGCCACCCUGCAGGAGGGUCUCUUAGGCCUGGGCGACAGCCAAGUAGAGGUCCAGGACCUUCUGAUAAAGCUGGUGGAGGCUGCACUCCAUGAUCCAGGCCUGCCAUCAUUUUAUCAGUCGGUAAAGAUCCUCGGGGACAAGUUGGUUGAGACCGAGCUGACUCGCAGCACAGUCUCGGAAGUGCUUCGCGUCUUUUUGGAAUCUCAUGGUUAUGAGAUCGACGUGUGCAACACGCUGAGGACCAAAACGUUUCACGCUCUGCCUCCGGACACCAAGGCAGCCAUCCUGGGCUUCCUGGUGGACGAGCUCAACAGCAGCAACGUCGUGACGAGUGACAUUGACAACACAUUAGAAAACAUGGCAACAUACAGGAAGAACAAGUGGAUCAUUGAGGGGAAGUUGCGCAAACUGAAGGCGGCACUAGCGCGCCGCACAGGACGCUCGGAGGAAGAGCUGUGUUUCGAAGAGAGGAGGCGCAGCGCCAGAGUGGCGGAGGAGGAGAACCUCAGUCUGGAGGAGGGUGGCCUGGUCUCUGAGAAAGGCACCCGCCGUGUACGCAAAGAAGAGCCCAAACUCAGUGAUAGCGAGAGCCCGACCAAUGCCAGCAUUCCAGAGCUUGAAAGACAGAUUGAUAAGCUAGCCAAGCGCCAAGCGUUUUUCCGCAAAAAGCUGCUACAGUCAUCUCAUUCCAUGCGGGCCGUAUUGCUGGGCCAGGACCGCUACCAGCGCAGAUACUUGGCCCUUCCUCACCUCGGAGGAGUUCUGGUCGAGGGGCCAGAGGAGCUUUUGACUUCUGGAGAAGUCCUUUUAGCCGAGGUUCCUGUCACCUUCCUCAAAAAGGAGCCCAAACUGGAGGAGAUCCCCAUGCCUACCACUCCUUCUCUACCGUCCUCUCCUUCCUCCGCACAGCCCCAGACCUUUUCUCCAGACGAGGACAACCUCCCCGGCACUGCGUCCCUCAUGAGCAGGCCAAGAGGACGAGGACGCCCCCGGAAAAUCAAACCGGAAGUGGAGCUUCACCUCCGCACGGCGAAGAUUCGCCGCCGGCGUCGAAGUAGCGUCAGGUCGGGGGGCGAAGAGGGGCCGGGGUCGCCGAACAGCGGCACGCACAACCUCACGCAGGUUGCUUUCCAGAGCUGGCUCAACCAAUCGCAGGACGCGGUGACCGACGGCACGUGCACGCCAGCAGGGGAUACUCCGGAGGGCAAUCGACCAGAGGAGAGUGUGAAGGAGAUGGCGGAGAAACGGGGACAGUGGUUCAACCUGAUCCCAAAACAACCGUGCGACGAUAGCUCCCUGACCGAGUGUCAGAUUCCCAGCUCGCCCUCUAAACUCCUCCCAAGUGUUCUGCCCGCACUCGCUGCUCCUCUCAUGCAGCCGGACCCGCUCUUGCCUUGCCUGACCCCUGCUGACCUCUUGACCCCAGCAACACCACAGGACGUUCUCUCUACACUACCUGCUGCCGCUGGUCCAGCACCACCUCCCCCUCAGCUUCUUCCAGCUCCCGUUCCUCCGACUACCCCUGCCAGGCCAGUGCGUCGGCGGAGGAGAGGGAGCCGAGGCAGUAGUCCUGCACGCAGAGGGCCGAGAGGAGCCGCAGCCAAGCGCCGGGGCCGCCCUCCCAACUCCGUGUUCCAAGAGCUCGAGCAGCAGUACUUCACACAACUGGUGGUCAAGCCCAUACCAACAUCAAUGGUGCGUGGCUGGUGGUGGAUCCAGGAUCCAGAGGAACUGCAUAGCACCUUACAGGCCCUCAAUCCAAGGGGCAUCAGGGAGAAGGUGCUCCAUAAGCAUUUGUCCAAACACAUGGAGAGUUUAGUCGAGAUAUGCACCAAACCUAUCAACGACCCUAUAUUUGAGUCGAAGAUGGAAGAGAAGGAUGUGCUGCGGGAGGCUCUGCAGCAGCCCUGGCAAGUGCAGGAGAAAGCGAUGGAGACUGACAUCAAUGCCCUGCAGUGGGUGGAGGACCUGGAGCAGCGGGUCAUUGCAGCCGACCUCCAUCUGAAGGCGGCACCUCAGAGUGCAGCGAAUGAUGCUGAACCCAUCACAGAGACGCCAAUGGCAGAAUUCCAGCCCUACACGAUCCCAGAUCCAGACUCCACGCGCGACGACCUCCAAUACUAUGAACACGAGGCCGACCCGCGCGACGACUGGAUCGUGCGGACCAAGAAGGAGUGGUCCAACCUGCCCCGCGCCGCGACACACCCGGUGGACUUGGCGGUGCUGCGGUUGGGCAACCUCGAGCGAAACAUAGAGAGACGCUACCUGAAGGAGCCGCUCUGGAACAUCGCCGAAGUGAUGCGCCUCGCUCCUCUCACGCCCACCCCGGGAGAAGAGCAUCCCAUGGAUGUCUUCAGUCUGGAAAGCGAGAUCACAUCUCGACUACGAACGUGGCGACAAGCUCUGGAUCGCUGCCGCAGCGCUCCUCAGGUCUGUUUGUGUAUACUUCAGCUGGAGAAGGCCAUCGCUUGGGAGAGAUCUGUGACUAAAGUGACUUGCCAGGUGUGCAGGAAGGGAGACAACGACGAUUGCCUCUUGCUGUGUGACGGCUGUGAUCGCGGCUGCCACAUGUACUGCCUGAAGCCCAAAAUCACCCAGGUGCCGGAGGGAGACUGGUUUUGUCCUACCUGCAUUGCCAAGGACGACUGUGAUUCACCGCGCUCGUCCAAAAAGAGGACCCGGGUGAAGAAGAGAAGAUAUGAAGACGAAAGCUCCGAAGAAGAGACGUCAACGCGGCGAAGUAGCGGCGGCGGCGGCGGCAUGGCGACGCGGUACAAGGAGACCGUGACGCCCCCCUCCGCCUCCCGUCACUCCGGAGAAGGAAGCGCCGCUAAACGUCGCCGCAUGACGACCCGCAACCAGCCCGACCUCACCUUCUGCGAGAUCAUUCUAAUGGAGAUGGAGUCUCACGCAGACGCCUGGCCGUUCCUUGAACCCGUCAACCCCCGACUGGUGCCCGGCUACCGCCGCAUCGUCAAAACCCCCAUGGACUUCCUCACCAUGCGAGAGAGGCUGCUGCAGGGAGGGUACUGCAGCUGUGAGGAGUUUGCGGCGGACGCUCAUCUCGUCUUCAACAACUGCGAGCUGUUCAACGAGGACACGUCGGAGGUGGGAACGGCGGGACAUGCCAUGAGGCGUUUCUUUGAGAGCCGCUGGGCGGAGUUCUACUCGAAUAGGGACAAAUAGAAGUGUGCGCCUCUCCUCCCCCCACACAGACCCCCCCCCCCUAAGGGUGGGGCUGCAUACUUUUGGUGCCGUCACCGUCCCAGGCACACACGCUCUCUCUCUCUCUCUCUCUCUCUCUCAUGUGUAUUCUCUCAUGUAUAGGUAUAUAUGUAUAGAUUUUGGCUAUUUGUCUGUUAUUGUUUCCUCUACCGGACAAAUCUUUUUCCAGGCCGACAACAGCUGAAAUGGCUUGAACUUGUACCCAUUCCUCUUCACAGAGAGCGAGAACGCGUCUCUUUCUCUUUCUCUCUCUCUCUCCACUUUUCAUUCCUCCUUUCGUGUCUCCUCAUCUUCACCUCAGCACCUCAUCUCCAGUUUGCAUUCCCCCGUCACGUCCCUUCACGCGGCCUUCGGUCAAACCCUGCUUGCGAGGCGACGACGCGGUCUCAGGCCCCCUCCCUCCCCCUCCCUCCCUUCCCGAGUAUCUUGGUUCUCAGACUCGUUACUGAAGGUCAGAGACUGAAGGUCAGAGACCGAUCGCACUAUUGCGGCCUAACCGCCGCACACUGGACCUGCUCGGCACCGCUCGACGGCAAAAAUGGAUCAAAACUCUUCACUGAGCUCGGGCCGUUUCUUACCUGUUCAAUGGAAAUGUAAUGUAAUGUGGUCUUAUGCCUAGAAGUAAUUUUUUUGCUCAAUAUAUUUUUAUUAUAUAUUCUAUAUAUAAAUAUAUAUAAAGAUUACAAUAGCUGGGAUUAUUUAAUAGCAAUAGCUUAGUAGUGAACGUGUACAGAUUACCAUAUAGAGAUGUCUAGACGAUUUCUGAAAAGGCCAGUUAAACUAAAAAAGAAUCUGUUCUUGGACUGUCACGAGUAGAUGUCGUAUAACCUCCACUUAAAGUCUUGCACGCUACGCGUACACACACGCGCACACAUAGACAUGCACACGAUUUGACACACACACACACACACACAUACCCACCUUCUGCUGCUGUGUGAAAUACACUGGUUUCUGGGACUGGAGGAUUUAUUUGGUGUUGGUCAGUCGGUCUAGGCUUAUAGGCUUUUAUAGUUCACUGUUCCUCUUGUUAAAAGUAAAUUAAAAAGCGGCUCGCACUGAAACUUUUCGCUCCGCGAUAUUAUAUCGUGGCCACAAGACGAGAUGCUGUUGGCAGUUGAGAACUUUUAUCGGUGUGGAAGAUGUACUCCUGUGCCUCGUCUGAGCAGGCGGAAACAUCUCAACGGGUAGUUUACGUGCAAGGCUCAAAUCCUCCCAUGUUAAAGACUAGCAUUGCAAAGGAGCUCUGAUAAUGAGGUACUGGGCACGUUCCUGCCUGGUUUUUUUUUUUUUUUCUGUCUUAAAUUUCCUUUUUAAUUAUUUGAUUUUUUUGUUUGUUUGUUGGUGUUUUUCAAGGGCCAAUUUCCGACGUUGCGUGGCAUGGUUGGUUUGCUAUGAAGGUCGACGUGACGCCACAGUCUGGGUUUUAUUUAAAUGUGUUUUUCUUACACUGAACUCUCGAAUCCGUUGAUAGGGAAAAAAAAUAGACUUUGAUGUUCCUUGUUACACUUAAAAGGGACAGACGUUUUUUUUUUCAAAAAAGAAAAAAAAAAAAGAUACGAAAACCAAACGUGGUGUUAAGUGAAUUUUUAAUAAUGUACAGUUUUGGUGACUUUAAAUUUGUUCCUUUAUAUUUUUAGGACCAAAUCAUCAUUUUUAAGAGGAGGUAUUGCAAGACUCUGUUGUAUUACGGUGAUGUAACACGUGUGCAUCUGUAGAAUGUACUGUGAGUUGAAUAAAAACCACAUCUAGUAGAGUA